AUGAUGGAAGAUUACUUUGUGGAAUGUCCAGUUUUCAGUAAUGAGGAAUUUCAGACACGUUACAGGAUGAGUUACAAUGUUUUCAACUGCAUCUUCAGUGACCUUUGUCGCUAUGACUGGUACUUUGUCCAGAAAUCAGAUGCUGCUAAGCAACUCACCGCUGGUCGAGCCCCUCAGAUCCAAUUUCAAGUGAAUAAUAAAAUUCACAAUUUAGACUACUAUCUCACUUAUGGUAUCUAUCCUACAUGGGCGACUUUCGUGAAAUCAAUUCCAAGGCCUACACAACCCAAGGAUCUGAAGUUUUCCCAGGCUCAAGAGGGGUACAGGAAGGAUGUGGAAAGAUGUUUCGGCAUUUUACAAUCGCGCUGUAGUAUUGUUCGAGAAGCGGCUCAUGGGUGGGAUAGAGAAGACCUUCGAUACAUCAUGUUAACUUGUAUUAUAUUACACAACAUGAUAAUCAAGGAUGAAAGACCAGAUGACAGCGAUGAGCAUUUAGAGUCCGAUGAAGAAGAGGAUAACAAUAUGAGGCACAGGUUGGCUACUAUUUGGGAAGGACCGACCGAUGAUGACUUUGAUCCUGUUGGUAGAGAUGGUUAUUAUUUCAACGGAUUCAUGGAUCAAUUUGAUGCCAUUAGAUGUGCAAACAGUCACUCAAACCUUCAAGAAUAUCUGAUAGAGCAUUUCUAG